UUGACGUUGUAUAUAAAUGUUUCUUUCCGGAAAUAGCGGUCGGAAUUAGGACAUACUCUAAAUCCGAAACUUCUCUAAUGCCCAUAGAAUCUCUUAGAAGGCAGUUGAACUUGUUGGCUGUCUAUAUAAUGGACGGUAUUCUCUACUAAGGACUUGAUUCAGGAAAGAUUGUCGACCGCCGCACCGAAAUCUGAUCUCGCUUCGCAAAUCCGACAAUGGCACCGCUCGUCUGGUUGGUGACAGGUUGCUCCUCAGGCUUUGGCAAUCAAUUUGUCCACAGCAUUCUCGCACGCGGUGACAGAGUGGUUGCAACAGCGCGGGAUCUUUCCAAGAUACAGCACCUCAAUCAACUCGGAGUGCCUACGUUUCAGCUCGACAUCACCGACAGCCAAGCAUUCAUUAAUGCCACCAUCUCCAAAGUUCUCGCUGAAUAUGGCCGGAUCGAUGUCCUGAUCAACAACGCUGCAUAUAUCGCUAUCGGGACCUGGGAAGAUCUGUCGUAUGAAGAUUGGCUUGCACAAUUUGACACGAAUGUCUUUGGCACGAUCAAGGUAACCAAAGCACUGUUGCCACACUUCAGAGAGAGAAAAAAGGGGACAAUGGUAUUCAUCAGCUCGUUGUCUGGAUGGAUCGGACAUGCCGGGUGCAGCGCAUAUGCUGGAUCCAAAUUCGCGUUGGAAGGCAUUGUCGAAGGCCUCCAUGCGGAAACCGCACAUCUCGGUCUUAAGACUCUUCUCAUUGAGCCUGGACGAUUUCGGACAAACCUCCUAUCGAGCUCGAGUAUGAAGUCUCGUCCAUCAGACAUCCCAGAGUAUGCGGAGCGCUCGAGAGCGCAAAUGGAAGGCUUGGCUGGGGAGGACCAAAAUCAACCCGGCGAUCCGGUGAAGCUUGUUGAAAUCGUGUUGGACCUGGUGCGAGGAGAGGGUGUCGCGCAGGGCAUGGAAGUGCCAUUCCGUCUUCCAUUGGGCGUCGACUGUUACACGGACGUAAAGGAGAAGUGCGAAGCGACGUUGGCGACGCUAGAAACUUGGAAGAAUGUUACGAGGAGUACAGACAUAGAAACACAAAAAUAGCAGUCAUCAUUCUCGAGGC